AAAAAAAAAGGCUAUGGAAAUGGAGACAGAUAAUCAAUAAUAAUAUAGAUUUUUAUUAUUAUGUUAUUAAAAACUUUCACAGGUUCAGUCCUCAAACGCUGGAAGCUGAACUGGUGUGACCUGUGGAUAGAUGGGAGCUUUGUUUUUUACAAAACUGAAUCCAGAAGAGACUACGAGGCCAAAGUGAAUCUGAAGGCCACCUGUGUGAAUGUGAAGUCUGGACUGGAGUGUCCAAAUGUAUGUCCACCUGAGAGUCACCCCAGAGAGAAUCUGCUGGUUGUUUUUCUGAGGGAUGGUAACUUGCUGAUCCUGUGUGCCAACAGUGAAGAUGAGGCACUGGCCUGGAAACUCACACUCAUGGAGGCAAAAAGAAAUCCUGUUUUCACAUACAAUCCUUAUGACGAUACAUACCAGACUGUUCCAAUUAACAGUCAUAAUGCGGUUUACAUCAUGCCAAGUACGGGUAGUGGAGGGACUCAGCAUGUCUGGGUACACCGAGACUCUCAUGACGAUGGUUUCGGAGAGCAGAUUGCGUUGGGCCUCCUGGCUGGAAUGGCUGCAGGUGCAGCAAUGCGUUCACUUCUAUGGAUGCCCUUCUGGUUCUGCUGAGGACCGGUCAGAUGGCUGGAUGAUCACUAGAAAGAGUGAGAGAACAGACUGGAAGAGCCGCCCAUAAACUUCAGCCACAGCAUAUGCUCUUGCUCCUGCAUAUAAAUAUGUAAAUAUGAGAAUAGCUGCAGCUGACUUAAACUCAUGAAGCGGUUAAUCAGUGUGCAAAGGAGUGAUUCUUCUUUUUUCAUUGUUUACAGUCUAAAGAAAACAGUCCUAUUUUAGCUGCCCAAAUUUAUCAGGAUAGGAUUUAGCAACAGAUUUUUCUGUAGAACACCGAUAUAUAUCUAAAACUAAUUCUGCACAAAGCUAAAUAAUGAUUGUUUUUUCUUGCUGCUAUGAUUCUGUGUAUAGCGUACUUGUAAAGAUUUGCAAACAAGUUCAGGAUUUUGUCCAUUAUUAUGUUAUUUUUCUCAGACACAAGUUCAAGCUCCUAUCAUAAUUUUUCUAAUUAUAAAACGCUAAAGCCAAGAAUUUAUUAUUUUUCAUUGCAUGAGGUUUGGGAGUGAUCAUCAGACCAUUGAAUGCUCUUCAAAUAUGAGGAUCUUGAAAAAUCUUCUUCCAAGAGGUUAUGAUGCUGAAGUAGCAAACAAAAGCUGAAUAUAUUGAUCAAGCCUUUGAAAUACCUCAAUAAUAAAGGCAGGAUUAUGAAAUCAGUUCUCUUGACUGACCACUAGAGGCAGGCAGAGCAGCAUUUGCAUUUGUCCUGUUUAUGCUCUACUAUGCUACCUUGCAAAUAUAGUUAUUAUAAACUUUAUAUUGUUGUGCAACACUUCGGUUCAAAUAAAAUGU